AGAAGCGUGAAGGCCAAUGCCCACGUGAUUGUGUUGUUGUUAUUGUUUGUGAGUAAUGUCCGUGUUGACAGUAAGUAAUAACACAGUAGUAACUUACGUGUGCUGCUUAUAUUUAGCUAGAAGACUUUUCUUGCUGUAAUUCGAAAUGGAUACUGAACAAUCGGCGUUGGAUAAGAAAAAAGUACAUCGAGAACGACAUGCAGGUCGAAAGGCAGAGAAGAAGAAAGCAAAAAAUAAACAUGUUCAGGAACUUACUGAUAAACAGAAGAAUCCUAAGGCAUUCACCUUCAACUCUGCUGUGCGUGCAGAAAGAAGGUUCAGAAGAAAACAAGAUAUCCAGACAAAGAAACAACAUAUACCUCUGGUAGAUCGAGCACCAUUGGAACCUCCACCAGUAGUUGUGGCAAUAGUGGGGCCACGUAAAGUUGGGAAGACCACACUUAUGCAUUGUCUUAUCAAGCAUUUUACCAAGCAGCCAAUGACUGUUAUCAAGGGACCAGUGACAAUAGUUUCAGGUAAAAGAAGAAGACUGACUUUGAUUGAGUGUAAUAAUGACAUAAACAGUAUGAUAGAUGUAGCCAAAGUUGCUGACUUAGUCCUUCUGUUAGUUGAUGCAUCCUUUGGAUUUGAAAUGGAAAUAUUUGAGUUCUUGAACAUUUGCCAGGUCCAUGGAAUGCCUCGUGUGAUGGGUGUGUUAACUCACCUGGACAUGCUUAAGAAUGCAAAGCAGCUGAAAAGAACUAAAAAAACACUGAAACAUCGCUUCUGGACUGAAGUUUAUGCUGGUGCAAAAUUAUUUUAUCUUUCUGGCUUGCUACAUGGAGAAUAUCUUAGGAAUGAAAUACGUAAUCUGGGCCGUUUCAUUUCUGUCAUGAAGUUUCGUCCACUGACCUGGCGUACUUCUCACCCUUACGUUCUCGUGGACAGAAUGGAAGAUUUAACACCACCUGAAAUGCUACGGCAGAAUCCUAAAGUUGACAGGACAGUCUCUUUAUAUGGCUUUGUGCGAGGGAUUCCUCUGAACAAGAAGAGUAGUGUCCAUAUACCAGGUUGUGGCGAUCUCAAGAUCAAGGAUGUAUCAUUCUUGCCUGAUCCAUGCCCUUUGCCUGAUAAAUUGAAGAAACGUAGUCUUGUGGAGAAGGAGAGGAUUAUAUAUGCUCCAUUUUGUGGGAUUGGUGGCAUUGUGUAUGACAAAGAUGCUGUAUACGUUGAACUGGGUGGCAGCCAUUCGUAUAUGGAAAAGGUGGAAGAUGGUACCAAGAACCUAGUGAGCAGCUUAUUGGACACACAGGAGACUCUGGAUAGCAAGAUAGCUCGUAGUGAAGUUCAGCUCUUUUCAGAUGCUGCACCUCUUAAGUCAUCGGAUGUCCCAGAAAAAUCAAAAGGAAAUAAGAACAUCGGCAAAGAUGACACUUCAGGCAAGUGUGUCACCAAUGGUGUUAAUGUUGAUGAAGAAGAAGAAAAAGAGAAAGAGGAGGAAGAAGAUGAAGAAGAAGAAGAGGAGGAGGAGGAAGAGGAGGAGGAGGAGGAAUGUGCUAUUGAUGGUGACAGUGAUGUAGAUAGUCAUAACAGAAUGUCAUAUGAUGAUGAUGAUGAUGAUGAUGAUGAUGAUGAUGAACUAGUAAUUAAUCAAAAGAAAAAACGUAGAAAGGUAACUGGUAAGAGUAUACCCAAGAAGAAACUGAGGAUAGAGGACAGACACAAGGGUGGUAAAACUGUUGUAGAGGCUGGUUGUAAUAAUUUGGACUUGAGCUCAAACUCGGUGGCUAGAGUGAAGAAGAAGUUAUUGGCAACCAUGGGUGACUCCACGUCAGAUAGUGACACUGAAGAGAGUGAUAUUGAAAAUAAUGCAGUGAUUGAUGCCACAAAGGAAGGUUUUAACACAGGGCUUGAAAGGACAAAAAAUAAUGAUGUGAGCUAUCAUGAAACAAGUACAGUAAAAGAUAAGGAAAUUAAAAGUAGAAUAUCUGAGGCACUGUUAAAAUUAGAAAAAUCCCAGAAAAAGAAAGCCUGGGAUGAAGAUGUGGAAAGUUCUGUUUCAGAGUAUGAUAGUUCAGAUUUAUCAGAUUCAGAGGAUGAAUGCAGUGAUUCAAAGAAAGAUUCAGGUGUUACAUCUGAUGGACAGAGUACAGAGGAGAACAGUGAUAAUGAUAGUGGGUCUGAUGAAGAAGCUGGGGAAAGUACUGCCGAGCUGUCAGCCGCACGCUGGAAAGAGAACCUUGCUCAGAAGGCUGCAGAUGCCUUUCUGGAAAGACAGGCUAAUACUCGGAGUCUUUGGAAGCUUGUUUAUGGGAAUUACAACAAGGAAAAUGAGCGGAAUAUGGAAACAAAUGCUGAGGAAGGUGUGGAGGAGGUUGGAGGGUUGUUCAGAGUUGUGAGGCAGCGACAACAGCAGCAGCAGGAAGCUAAAGAACUCUGUGAUGCUGAGGACUGUGCCAGGUUCCCCAUCACACAACUGCAUGACUGGUCUCUGUCGGAGGUACAGGAGCUUAUAAGAGAUUGCUUUGUCACUGGGAAGUGGAAACAGUCGGAAGAUGCUGAAGAACUUUUAAAACUGGAUGAUGUGUUAAGUGAUGAUGAAAUGUUUGGUGAUUUUGAAGACUUGGAAACUGGUGAAAAGCAUGGAAGCAGUGAUGUAGGUGAACAUGACAAGAAGUCUGAUCAAACAACAUCACAUGAACAAGAUGACGAAACAAGUAGAGAAAAAUUGUUGGAAAAGAAGCGCAAGUUGAAAGAAAAAUUUGACAAUGAAUAUGAUGAGCAAGAAGGUGGGAAGACUUACUAUGAUGAGCUGAAGCAGGAAGCAGACAUGCAGGCUCAGCUGAAUAAAAGUCAAUUUGAAGGGCUCGAUGAUGACAUAAGAGUUGAACUAGAAGGUUAUAGACCUGGAAUGUAUGUGAGAGUAGAGCUUGCUUCUGUACCUUGUGAACUCGUUACUCAUUUUGAUCCUGAGUAUCCUCUAAUAAUGGGAGGUCUCCAACCUGGUGAGGAGAAUGUUGGGUAUGUCCAGGUCCGUGGCAAGAAACACAGAUGGUUUCCAAAAAUAUUAAAAACGAAGGAUCCCCUCAUUGUUUCUCUUGGAUGGAGGCGUUUCCAAACAUUGCCCAUAUAUGCGAAACUGGAGGAUAAUUUGCGACAUAGGUAUCUCAAAUACACUCCACAGCAUGUUGCCUGCAUGGUGCAUUUCUGGGGUCCAAUUACACCCCAAGGUACAGGUUUCCUAGCAGUCCAGAAUGCCGACAACACGCAACAGACAUUUCGAAUUGCACUAACAGGCUCUGUGGUGGAACUGGACAAGUCUGCUCAGAUUCUCAAGAAAUUGAAGUUGACUGGCACCCCACUAAAAAUUUAUAAGAAGACUGCUUUUAUUAAAGGCAUGUUCUCUUCAGCUCUUGAAGUUGCGAAGUUUGAAGGUGCGAAAAUCAAGACUGUGUCAGGAAUAAGAGGCCAGAUAAAGAAAGCUGCUUCAAAACCGGAAGGUGCUUUCAGGGCAACAUUUGAAGACAAGGUACAACUUAGUGAUAUUGUAUUCUGUCGGACGUGGUACAAAGUUGAUGUACCCAAGUUCUACAAUCCGGUCACAUCGCUUUUGCUGCCACCAGACCAAAAGAACCUGUGGAGAGGAAUGCGCACUGUUGGUGAACUGAAACGAGCUAAGGGUAUACGACGGGAACCUGAUUUUGAUAGUUUGUACAAGCCAAUAGAGCGCACACCCAAAGUAUUUCCAGAGCUGGUCAUUCCACGUAGUUUGCAGAAACAAUUGCCGUACAAGGACAAACCAAAAUUAGGACCUGUGCGUGGCAAGGACAGUCUGGAGUCGAAACGUGUUGCAGUUGUGCGAGAGCCUCAUGAACAGCAGGUUGCUGCCAUGAUGAAGAUGCUGAAGGCUUCCUACAGAAUCAAGCAGGAGAAGCUGAAACAAGCCAUUAAAGAGAAAAGAAAAGAGCAUAAGAAAGAACUGGAAAAAGAACAAGAGAAAUUGCUACGUAAGCAGAGAGAGUUGAAGAAACAAUUUUGUCGGACAGUCAGCAAAAAGAAAGGAGAAUAUAAACCAAAGAAAAGGACAAGUUAACUAUCAAAGAAGCUAAUUAGAAGUCCUUAUAUGUGUACAGUAUAUGUCCUUAUAUGUGUACAGUGUAUCAUAAAAUAAAAAUGAUUGUUUUCCACUUUGUAA